CAUAAAUAAACAGUUACUUUAUUUUUGUUUAUGAAAUCAAGUAAUUCAGAAAUGCCUUAGAGUUCAACAAAUGACAGAAAGGAUAAAGAAAAAAAAAAUUGAAUGGAGGCAUCUUUUCACAGCUUUCUUUUAUUUAUAUUAAAGACAAAAUCCCAUCUGAUGCAGAGAUCCUAAUAAAAAUAUUAUAAAGUAUUUUAAAUAAGAUUUCAGAAUACAGAACAGCUCUUUAUGGUAAUAAAGGACAUAAUUUUAAAACGCAUUCAAGGUAAAGUGACCCUAUUAAGCCCAUCCACACAUGAACAGCCUUCCAAUAAAUUUAGUAUUCAACUGAAGAUGAAUCUCACAUCUAAACAAUCAUGUUUUAGCAUGGACCAUAUACGUUUUUUUAUUGCAAACAUUUAAUCUUAGAUGUGUAAAAAGUAAGCCCUCUAUGUGAAAUCCGAUUCAUUUUGUAUUAGUCCGCUCAGUUAAUGACAGAAAUGCAAAUCAAACUGGACAAAUGUUUGACAUUUUCAUCAUCUACACAACAACAACAACAGAACAGGUAGUCUCGGGUUCUUCCCUCCUUCACAUUUCCUUUACUACAGUAAUAUUUAACAUCCCCAUAAUAUAAUGUUGCUGUUGAAAGACUCAAGAACUUUUGCUCAAAGUAUUUUCUUAACAUUUAUACACUUUAAAGUUUGAUGCUUAUUGUCACCUCUUUUGCAAAUGCUCAUUUCGAAUGCAAAUUUUAGUUUACAAAAAUCUAAACAAAUAACACUGCAAGACAUAGGCUAUAUGUUUUAUUAAUAUACCAAUUUAUACAUUUGACUCAUCCCUUUUCUUAAAAAUGGUCAAAAGCUGAAAUGUUUACCAUCUUAUGAGACUUUUGUUUUGUGAAACCCUGUAUCUGAACUGUAAAUCAUGUCAUUUUACGGUGUAGUAUGUUACCAUAGACACUGCCCUAUCCUGCUCCUAUGGGAUUCAUUUUACUUGUGCAGGCCUUAAAAAGUCUUAAAUUUUAAUUUAAAAAUCCUGCAAACAGAAAAAUAAAAUUCCUUUAUUGAUAUUUGUUCAUAUUUGUGUAUUGAAAAUGUUUUUGAUACAUGUUUUGUCUCCUAUCCAAAAUAAAUAAAUAAAAAUCAUCUGAAGAGUGCUUGCCUGAGGGCUGCCAGGGAUUUUGAAAUAUAGCGAGCCCUGUUUGUGUGGAAGACCAUUGCUGUGGAUAUUGGGACAGGUCCAAACUCAUAUAGAGCGUUUAACCGUCACAAUUAGAAUUAAAAUAAAUUACAAUGGAUGUGUGCAUGUGACCCAUAAAAAAAAAAAAAAAUUUAUUAAUCUGUGUUAAUGUUAGUUAAAGGUCCCAUGACAUGCUGCUUUUUGGAUGUAAUGGUUUUACUGGAAAAAGCUAAUGGUUUAUAAUGGUAUUUAAUGGAAACCAUUGGAAUUGGGCUUCUAUUGUUUUUUUUUUUUAGCAGUCUUUUAGGGGUCUUAUAAGCACUGCAGAGGCCCCGCCUUAUCCACCUUUUUCUUCAACGCCGAAGUAAGCCUAUGGGUGAGACUUCCGGUUCAUUAGCCGCUACAGGUGUCUUUGGUGUUGAUGUGGAUGGAAUGGAGUCAGUGUCAGUGCUGGAGGGAGAUUCAGUCGCUCUAAACUCUGGUUUUACUGAAAUGAUGGAUGAUGAUCUGAUUCUGUGGAGGUUUGGAGCUGAAAACACUUUAAUAGCUCAAAUCAACGUAAUGGCCGGCAGCAUCACUGUAUAUGAUGAUGAUCUCGGUGGGAGAUUCAGAGACAGACUGAAGCUGGACGAUCAAACUGGAUCUCUGAUCAUCACAAACAUUAGAACUGAACACACUGGACUCUAUCAACUACAGACCAACAGUGUGAGCAAGAGCUUCAGUCUCACUGUCUAUGCUCGUCUACCGGUUCCUGUCAUCAGCAGUAACUCUUCACAAUGUUCUUCAUCAUCAUCAUCGCAGCAGAAUUGUUCAUUGGUGUGUUCAGUGGUGAAUGUGGGUCAUGUGACUCUCUCCUGGUACAAAGGAAACAGUUUAUUGUCCAGCAUCAGUGUGUCUGAUCUCAGCAUCAGUCUCUCUCUACCUCUGGAGGUGGAAUAUCAGGAUAACAACACCUACAGCUGUGUGCUCAACAAUCCCAUCAGCAACCAGACGAGACAUCUGGACAUCAGUCAACUCUGUCACACAUGUUCAGCAGUCGGGAUCUUCUGCAUCUGCAGGAAACACAGGAAAACAGAUCAAGAAGUUCAGGCUCGUGAAGAGGAGAUCACUUACGCUGAUCCAACAUUCUACAAAAGAAAAGCACAGAAAUCGAAUGUUAAAGAGGAGGAGGAUGUGGUGUAUGCAGGUGUCGUCACUAGAAGAUGAUCAAUCUUCAGUCAGUUGUACCAGAUCGCGCUGAGUGAUCAUUACACCAGGAAGUUCCUGCAACACCCUGCAGUUUCUGAGUCUAUUGCUGCUUCCCAAUGUGCCUACUUAUACUACGCCCUUAAAGUAUGUACUCUUUUGGUGAGGAAAAAGUACACACUAUUAUUUUAUUCGUGUUUGUAGUACUGAACUGAAUCCUACACCUAAGCGCAAUGGAUUGUGGGCAAUAUUAGCCAUUAGAGUGUGCACGGAUCCACACUUCAAAAAUCGACCGGAAAUAGUAGAUUCUCAAUGUAUGGUAGUGGUCAGAUGCGCCAAGGAUCCUGGAGUUCAACAUCUUUAGAGGCCCCUGGCAGUUUGAGGCUCUGACCCCACUAACAAACUCAGUUUGUGAGCCAAAAUGAAUCCACCUGUGGUCUGAAUAAA